UAUUUUAGAUAUUGUUUUAUUCAUAUUCACUGCUGCCCUGUACUCUGUAACAGGAAGUGCCUCUAUAAUUGGUAUAGCAGGGGCCAGAUGUUUGCACGGCCCUGACCUGCUCUCUUUCUCUCUGCAUGUCAGUCAGUGUUUUUUUGGCAGGAUGUAUAGCUUCAUGGGAGGUGGGUUGUUCUGCGCUGGAGUCGGGAACAUACUCCUCAUUGUCUCCACGGCAACUGACUAUUGGAUGCAGUACCGUCACUCCAGCAAUUACAUGCACCAGGGUCUGUGGCGGUACUGUGUGCCCGGGAAAUGCAUGACACACACAGACAGCAUCGCGUACUGGGAUGCUACUCGGGCCUUCAUGAUUCUCUCCCUGCUGGCUUGUUUCAUCGGCAUUGUGAUCGGUGUCAUGGCCUUCAUCCACUACUCCUCCUUUGACGGGUUUGACAAGACAUUUGCAGCCGGCAUCCUCUUCUUCAUCUCCUGCUUCUUUGUGUUGCUGGCCAUGGCUGUCUACACAGGAGUGACAGUGAACUACUAUGGUAAACGCUAUGGCAGCUGGCGGUUCUCCUGGUCCUAUAUAAUGGGCUGGGUGGCAGUGGUGCUCACAUUCUUCUCAGGUAUCUUCUACAUGUGUGCCUACCGAAUGCACGAAUGCCCAAGAAACUCCAACUCACGCUGACCUGCCAAAGACUUCAACACACACAUCAGCACUGGUCCAUAAUAUAUGGCCAAGAGGAACCAAUACCCCUAUGAACUUUCCAACUACUUCCUGUUAAUCUGAAUAUUCAUGA